AUGGCAAGCAGGUUGAUAUCCCGAGGAGUUGGAAUCGCUAAAAGCGUCACCAAACAACCAGUAAUUCGAUCUACUGUUGCCACAUCCAGGUUUCAUGCUUCAGCAUUGCAAUACGCAGCGAUAAAACUUGGAAGCGUCGUUGAAAGAGGAGACAAGGACUUCCACACUACAUUAACUGAGGCUGGAGAUACAGUAGUCAUUGUCGAUUUCUAUGCCGAUUGGUGUGGACCAUGUCGAGUAUUAGCACCUGCAUUGAAGCGAGUAGUUGAAAAGAAUGGCAAGACCUUUUUGGUGAAGGUGAAUGUAGAUGAGGCUGGAGAGGUAGCUGAAAAGUAUGAGAUCACGUCGCUGCCUACUGUAGCAGCAUUCAAGUCUGGAAAGAUGAUUGAUAAAUUCAUUGGCUCCCGUGAUGAAAUCACCAUCACGAAAUUCGUUGAUUCCGCCAUUGCAAAGAAAUAA